CCAGUGAUCUCAGGAAACUGGUCAGCCAAUAGAUUGGCAAACAGCUUAAGCAGCAGGAGCCGAGAUAGGCCUGGCUAUAUAAACUUUCCCAGGCAUCCUCCCUGCACCAAUCUCCUUUGCCAACUGCCCUUCAGCCAGAGCCAUCGGUCAUCCAUCCAUCGUGGUCAUGAUGAGGAGCCAGCUUUGCCUUCUUGUCUUUCUCCUCUGCCGUUUGUCUGUGGUGCAAGGCUCCAUCUGGGCAUGGAUGCACUCUCUGCCACACGCUGUCAACGGGGUGCCACCUCGCAGGGACCCUGGGUCAUCAUCCGGCCAGGAGCUGACGGCGGCCGUGUGCAGCCACGAAAUAAAGUGCCCUCGUGGAUUCUUCUGCGACCACCACUUUGGGCUCUGCCUGCCCUUCAGGCAAGAAGGUGAAUUCUGCCGACGGGAUGCCCACUGCGCCCUGGGACUUAGCUGCAUGUUUGGCAAAUGCCAGGAGACUCUGCCUGGCGGCCAGGAAGGUGCCCGCUGCCACCACGAUAAGGAUUGCUCUCCCGACGCCUGCUGCGCCCGCCAACAUGGGGAGAAAGUCUGCAAGAAAAGGCUCCUUUUAGAUGAAGGAUGCUACGUUCCCGAAGGAGGGAUUGCGUUCAGCGUGAACCAGGUGUGCCCCUGCCUAGAAGGACUCGUGUGCAAAAAGAUGUCCCCUAACCGAGAGGCUUCAUUUGAAUACUGGUCGGAUAAAAUUGUCUGGAGAUGCCAAAAACAAUAGGCAAGCAGGGAGUGUGGAUUAAAAAAACAAAACAGAGCUGUAUUUAUUCCAUGUAAAUAACACUGUACAUAAAACUGUUUUUGCCCUUCUCUUUCUAUUGGACAUUUGUAAAUAAAAAAUACCUGAGUUGUCGCCAAGCAAUGCAAGGACCAAGUCAUUAAUCCCUCCCGCACUCUGUAAUUUUUGUUUUUAUUUAAUGAAUAAUUUGUACAUGAAAAUGGUACUUGAAGUUCGUGAAUAUGCAGAUUUACAAU